UUUUUAUACUCUUCCGUGUCAGCUGGAAUGGAGUAGGGGGUGUUUAGUGCGCCACAUCGUCUGCAGCAGCAGCACCCCGUGGUGCUCUUACUCUCUGCGCUGAAGCUAUGAAGACUGAGCGAAGCCACGCGGUGACUCCUCCGCUGCCGCAGCCCCCGACCCUCCGGGAGGUGACAGAUCUCCUUCAAAUUGUAGAUUCCGACGGGAAGUCGAGCGAGUUUGACCCUUGGAAGCAGGAGCUUGAAGACGUGGGUCAACAAAUGUCCGAUUUGGGGAUUGAAACGGAUUCCGACGAGUACGAGGACGAGGACGACGUGACCGUGCUAACCGAGGAUGAGUCGCAUUACAUCACCACGCACGCCAUCCGGCUCUCGGAGCUGUCCGACGGCCACGACGGAGACUCGGACCCGGGUGCCGGUUCCUCCUCCUCGUCCACGUGGGACGCGGAGGAUGGCCAGCAGGUGUUCUUUGUGGAUUACGCCUCGUUUGACUGCAAUGGAGUACUGAUGAUGAAGAGGGAGGGUGAGGCUGCAAUUACUAGUCUGCACGAAAGCGAUCCGUCCUCACAGUUUAGCGCUUGUGGCCAGGGUGGCGGACAGGUCCACCUGUCAAUCAAAACCACUUCCCGGGCUAUAAAUGACCCGAUCCAAGAAAAUACUGUUUAUCAUGCCAAAGACGCCAGAGAUACGAGCCCCUCGGCAGCGGGGGGAGUGGAUGGGAACAUUGAGGGGCUGCGUGAUAGGGCGAAGGGUCUCAUUCCGGCACCGGGCGGCAAAUUGAGCGCAAAGGAAAGCGCUGAGUAUUCCAGUUGUGCUUCCAGCGAGCUCGAUGACGCUGACAAGGAGGUGCGGAACUUGACGGCCAAAGCCUUCAAGAGCCUGGCUUAUCCUUACUUGGAUGCCAUCAACUUCAGCACUUCAACCAGUGAGUCUUCCACAUCAGAGCGUGGGAUCAACAGAUGGUCCACUUUUGUUGACCUGAAGUACUCCAACGUGAGCCAGAGUCUUGUUUCCCAAUCAACAGCUGAAAGGGGGGGAAGUAACAGGGACUUUACCGAGCAGCUGAAUGGAAAUGAAGCUCAUCAAAGUGCGUCGUCUACUAAGAAAAUCGAACUAAUGAGGAAUUAUGGUCAAGGACACAACGAGGUGAUACACCUCACAGAAACCUUGAAUUUUCGCUGCGACGUAAAAUCGGGAAUGUCCACCGGAGAAAGACGCGCUAACGUCGCUCCAAACCCCACGGGAGCGGGAUCACAUUCCACGGAUGAGAUUACCGUUAACAGUUUGCAAGGAGGCAGGGGCAGAGGAGCCACUGCUAAGUCGAAAAGCAUGGAGGACACUCACAAGAAAGCCAUCUUCGCGUCCAGCGUCAUUCAGAAUGUGCUUUCCAAAAAGAUGCAGUUUGAGCAGGAGCGCCGGAUGGAAAGGGGUGAGGUGAGGGAGCCCCACCACAAGGGGGACUGCCACAGGGGCAAAGGACUGCAAAGACAGAGCUCCAAACCCUCUGAGAGCAACUCUGACAGCGCAGAGGACUUGUCUGACAGUAUGGAUUGCGGCUCGAGACGGGACUCUCUGGUGCGAGACUCUCCGUCGGAGGCGCCGGCGAAAGCAAUGGAUGCUAUAAGGGGUGCAAUGGAAGCGUCCAAAGGGGCUUUGCUUCGGAGCCAAAAUAGCGCCUUCAGAAGCUGGAGGAAUGAGCAGCUAGAGUUUCCACAGGAUCAUAAAAACCAUAAAAUCCCAGAAGAGACGCCAACCCCUGAGGGAAUGGGGGUUCGCUACUCACCGAGCGGAGGAGGCAAACUGACUAAAAUGUCACAUUUGUUUGUGCCAAACAUCCAACGUGUGGCCAGUGGCGGGGAGCUGGAUAAGGCGUCCCAGCUUGGAUCCGACCACACUUUAAACAUACCGGAGUCCCGUGUGAGUGUCGCAGCAUCCAAAUCCCCAGAAAUUAAAAUUAAUCUCCAGAGCUGUCACACGGCCAAUUCCGUCAAGACCGAUGACUCCAAAGGCCAGGGGGUCCUGGCUGCAGGUUUGAAGGGUGAGUCCUCGGAUAAAGUGCCUCAUUUUAUGAUUCGGGACAUCCGAGAUGGAAAAGGGAAGCUUCAGACGCCCAUACACCAAGUUAGAGAUGUCCGUAAAUUGGUUAAAAGCUCCUAUCACUUUGUUUCAUUAGAUCAUAAAUCGGAUUUCGCUACCGCCGACAGCCACCAAGACCGUCGAUAUCCUACAUCUGUUUCCCCCAUUGUGAUAAAAUGUCAGUCAGUAAAUAUAAACAGCAGCAAAGGUGACUUAUCUGAAGAUACAUCGUCUCCAGAGGGCAAUCAAAGUUUGUCAAUGCAAAGAGUGACAGGGAAAGUGUCCCCGCGGAUCAUAGAACAUCCCUCGGAGGAGAUGAGUUUAAGAAUGGAAAGCACAUUGGCUUCGAAGAAAGAAAAAAUGUUUGAGGUCACCGAUAAGCAACAAAUGUCAAACCAGGUGGCUUUGAAAAAGCUCCAGGCAGCAGUCAAAACAAUGGAGCAGCUUUAUGUGUUUGACAAAAAUGAAUGGAAAAGGAAAAACCAGCCACGGCCCCUGAUGGACAGCCAUGUCCUCUCAUUGAUUGCAAGUGAGGAGAACAGUGAGGAGGAAGCACUGAGAGGCUCAGUGGUGGAGAAAAUAGCAAGAAAGGAUUCUAACUUGAACAAGACGCCACCAACAGUUGAGAGCUGGCUAAGGAUGACUGGCGACCAAGACGAUGCCCUUAAAGCCAGGUCGGUGGCCGCUAGUGUCAAUUCCAGCCUCAAGGCGUCUGCUGGCAUCACCAUGGGUCUUACCGCCAAGACUCUGCAGCCCAACAACGCCACGCCUGUGUCUUACAACACUAAAACAUUUGCCCCCAAGUCGGCAAAAUUACCCACGUCCUUGAAAGUCUGUCCGACAAAGACAUGCGGCGAGUCAAAUGAAAUUCUGGCCACGGAACAGAGCUCUGACUAUGAGAACUACCUGACCAUUCCGGUCAAGUCUCAGGCCAGCGGCAGUAAAGAAGGCUUGUCCGUGUUUAGCGGCCAGUCCCGCCCAACUUGUUUUCCCUUGCACAUCCCGGCAUCAGGCACUAAAGGUCAGGAGGAGCAGUCCCAGAGAAGCUCCAACACUGCUAUGGCAACCCACCCGACCGAUGUCCCCCCAGCGACUAUUUUUCACUCCAUGCCACCGGGUAUGUCCACAAAUCAGCCCCAGGUGUACUGUAUCUCCCCUGCCAUCACGCCUGCACCUGUGCUAGAUCCAUUCCAGACCACACAGAGGAAGAUGCUCCUGGAUCCCACCAGUGGAAACUACUACCUGGUAGACACCCCGGUUCAACCCUCCACACGACGCCUCUUUGACCCAGAAACGGGCCAGUAUGUGGAGGUUCCCAUGCCCCAACCUCCCAUGACCCCCCUUUCCAUGCCAAUUUCCCCUUUGGCCCUGGGUGCUGCAGCGUACGGACACACCUACAUGAUCUACCCCGGUUUCAUGACGUCGCCCCCCGUGAUUUCGACUCGGACGCUGGUGCAGCCGCAGGUGCUGAUGGACAGCGGGGAGAAGGCGCCACCCCACAGGUCCGAGGGUAUGUAUAUGGAGACGCCAUCCUACAUGACGACUGGAAAUGCCACUUCAAUGACACCGAACGUGGUCAGCAUCGCCAGACCACAGCAAGGCAUCCUCGGUGGCAAGCAGCCGGUCAUCAGCAUCACGUCGCAGCAGGGUCCGCGGAUUAUUGCCCCGCCCUCGUUUGACGGCACCACCAUGAGCUUUGUGGUUGAGCAUAGGUGAAAAGGAGCAGGCUGGAAGACGUGUGUGGCCGCCAUUUUACACUUCUGGAUUGGACUGCUUUGGUUUCACUGUCACAUCUUUUUAUAGGGAUGAAUGUAUCGUAACGUGUAUUUUAUAUUACUAUUAUUGUUGUUUACAGGGUGACGCUGCAAAUGGAUCCGGGUUAAAUGAUAUGUUCAUAUACGUAUGCUGCCUCAUAUGUAUUCUAUAUGUAACAUGUGGAAAGGGAAAUGUAAGUGGAAGGAGGAAGAUUUUGUUUUAAUUUUGAUGGUAAGGCAAGCUAGGGUUGUUUGAGAGCGGUGAUGUUGAAAGGGAAAAAAUGUGAAGGAAAUAUUGCAAGUCAAAUACAUAUUUUGUUUUCUCAACUCAUAUUUGCACAUUGGCAAUUGAUCUGGAAAAGCACUUCAAUAAAUGUUUUUCCCCCCUCUUUCCUUUUAA